AUGGGACAACUCUCGCAGUUUCUGCCACCACCAACAAAAAUGUUGAAGCCUUCAUCUUCGAUUCUGGAGAAAGCGCGGCCCCUCAGGAGGAGGGUAGCUGAAAAGCUCGAGUGGGUGAAGGCACAUACGCCACAGGUUGUCAAGUCGCGCGCAUUUCAAAAGGCGGCUACCAUUGUUGCUGCGUUCACUCUGGCGAUCUCGUUUAUCUUUCUUACGGCCAAGUUGACGAAUGCAGCGUGGUUUAUACCAAAGGUUAUUCAGAAAAUCGGACGGUAUCCGACAUGUGAGAGCAAGGGGAUCAAUGGGACGAGAGAUAUCUGGGAUGUGUCGAGGCACAAAUACGAGAACCUGCGAGAUGAUAAGUUCACUAUCGCUAUGCAGACUUACCAGCGACCCAAGGAACUUCAAGAAACUCUCGACAUGAUCCUAAGCGAGGAAGUCCCUUCACUUCUCGAGAUAGUUAUCGUCUGGAACGAUCUCGAAAACUACCCCCCAGAGGAUUACGUUUCCAAGUACGGCGUUCCCGUUCGAUACCGAAAGUCGAAGCGCAACAGUCUCAACGAGAAGCUCUGGCCUGACCCCGAAUACAAGACUCAGGCCAUCUUGCUAUCAGACGACGACGUCUACUACCACCCCGACGACCUCGAAUUCGUCUUCCAGACAUGGCGAAAGUUCGGCAGAAACCGAAUGGUUGGUGCCCUCGCUCGAUGUACACCAGUCGAUACGUUCGGAUACCAUCAUUACACAUUCUGCUCAAACAAGAAGGGUCAGGACGACUACAACAUGGUCCUGACCAAUCUUGCCUUCUCACAUAUUUCGUUCCUCGACUACUACUCGUCCAACGAUACCAUCAUGACGCAGAUUAGAGACUAUGUCGACGAGGGUUUCAACUGCGAGGAUCUUGCGUUAAACUAUGUCCAUGGACUACUCACCGGCGAAGGACCUCUUCUUAUCAAUGGACAUGAGAAGUAUGUCAACUUUGUCCCUCGUGUGGGAAUUAGCAUGAAGAAGGGUCACAUCAAGGCACGAAGUGCUUGUCUCAAUGACUUUUCCAAGAUGUUUGGAUGCCAUCCCUUGGUCGACGAGACAGGGUACAUCCAGCGUGGUGUGCUCGUAUUAUGA